AUGUUUGAUUUUUUUUUUGUACUUUUUAAGUAUUUAGAUAGAAUAAAUAGUAUUCAUAAAUAAAGAACAUAACAACUUAAUCAAAGAAAGAAUGGAGGUUUAAAAUAAUAUCUUGAUGAAUAAAUUUCUAUUUAAAGUGAACAUUAGUUUAAUAAUAUCUCGACUCAUUUCUAUUUAUAGUCAGCCUUUCAAACAUCAUAAUCGGCACAAUAUCUUAGUAACAUUAUAUCGUUUGUAUGAAAUGUUAGACAACUAAAUAACUAUACAAGUGUUGAAUUAGCUUAAUAAGAGGAUUAAGUCAAUGCUAAUGAGAAGCUUAGAUAUUAUACUAAAAUUGUAGGCACAAAACACUGUGGUGAAAUGGAUAUAAAUGAAGAUGGAAGUUUAAAUAUAUUUUGUUUAAGCCAAUUUACUCUAAUAUAAUAUAAUUUGAAUCUAUCAAGUAGAAAUACUACAUUUCGAUCUGAGUUUAAUUUUCAGGAUCAAAUAUAAAAUAAUUGCAAAUUCAAAUAAUAGAGAUGGAACAACAAUAAAUAUAUAAUUGCAUUUUAUCAAUGUCCUACAUGGAAAGUAUUAAUUUUGAAAAUUAAUGAAAUAAAAACCUUAGCAGAUUCUUCUAUGAAGGUUAGGAUACUUAAAAAUAUGGGUUAUCUUAUAUAGAUGACAUAACCUUUUGUGUAAAAUCUUAUUAAACAUUUAUUUUUAUUUGAUAGAAAAUGACUCUUAUCAUUAAGUAUAUGUGACUAACGAUGAAAGUAAUAUCAAUUAAAAAGUUUUUCAAAAAGAAUAUCGAAUACACAAAGUAUUAAUCUAGCCAAAAUGCUAAAUCAUAAUUGUGGUUAAUUCAUCAAAUUAUAUAAAUUCAAAUUUAACUGAUUCUAAAAUGAAUAUAGAGAUUGCUUUAAAUUCACUAUAUUUAAAUCAUAAUAUCUACUUUUAUUCUGAUUUUCUAUUCCUAUAAAACUAAACUGAAUUAAUUGUUUUUUUGAGUGCUCAUAUUACUCAGAAAUAUCGAAUAAGAAACACCCCAUAGCAUUUUUUUUAAUCUGAUACUUUAUUUUGUUAAUUUGAUUAAUCAAAAAAUGCUCUAUAAUUUUACAGAUACUAAUAAUUUAGUAUUUUUAUUAAAUCAUAAAAGAAGUAUCUCUUUUUGAUUUAGAAAUAGUUGUUGUAAAAUUAUAAUAGUGAGUCUAGGUGUUUUAAAAAUUUUUGAUAAUAAAAAUAAAUAAUAAGAAAAAUCAAAAAUUUGAAAAUAAAUUUUAGACCAACAUUUAAUCAACUAUUUAUAAAUUAGAACCUUAGCUUUUAAUUAAAAAUAAUUAAUUCAAAUUAUCUAAUAGUGAUGGCAAUAUAAAUGUAAGUAUAAGAACUAAUAACAAAUUUGUGGACUUUUGCUUAUUUGCACCUAUUCUAUUACAUAUUAAAGGAAAGAUUGAAAUGAGAUCAAUAAGACUUCCUCAUUAUAUAAGUUUUCAAAAUGAAACUUAGUUUUAUAUUUAUGCUUGCAAUUAGAAAAAAAUAUUAAUUUCAAUUAACAGAGUUGAAUUUGAUGUACUUGAAUCUGAUUCUGACUAUUAUAUAGUAUAGAAAACCAAUAAGAAUAACAAUUUCUUAAAAGUAACUUCUUUAAUAGAUAUUCACAUUUAUUAUGUGUAAUCUCAUUUGAUGAAGCUAUUAUCAGAGCUGAGCAAAUUGCUGAAAGAGUAUUUGUCUACUUGA